CUACAAACAUGCGAAACAAUUAAGUUUUUAGUGCAAUUGGUUCUAGUUGGAUUAAGUUAUGGUUAUAUUGGUUAAUGUUAAAUAGUUGUUCUUCUAUUUUGGUAGAUUUAUCGUAUGCUUAUGUUAUUAUUAUUAUAUUUAUAAUAAAAUUCAAAAAUCAAACGCCGGCAACUGUUGAAGACGUAAACAUCUACGCCGCAUCAUAACAGAGAAUCACUAAGGAUGCUCGUGCUGUGCACCUUUGUUGCCAUUACCUUGUAAUAUGCCUGAUCGUCUGGCAUGUUAACGUCUCGCGAAAAAUCCUGCUGAGCUAUUUCUAGUCCAACAACCUCAACGCCACGGCAAAGGCGAACGCAAAUUCAAUGGCCACAUCGGACUUUGUACUAGGCGGCCUGGCCUCCGUGGGCGCCACCUUUUUCACGAACCCGAUCGAAGUGGUCAAGACGCGCAUCCAACUGCAGGGCGAGCUGGCAGCACGCGGCUCCUACGUGGAGCCCUACAAAGGAAUCGUGCAGGCCUUUAUCACAGUGGCCAAAAAUGAUGGAAUGAUGGGUCUGCAGAAGGGUCUUGCGCCCGCCCUCUACUUUCAAUUCAUAAUCAACUCUUUCCGGUUAAGCAUUUACACAAACGCCAUGGAGAAUCAUUGGAUGCAUAAGAAAAAUGGCGAGGUUUCCUUUAGCUUGGGCCUGAUGUGGGGCGCAAUUGGCGGCAUUGUUGGCUCAUACUUUUCUAGUCCAUUUUUCAUGAUCAAGACGCAAUUACAAUCGCAGGCAGCCAAGGCGAUCGCCGUUGGCCACCAGCAUGCACACAAGUCCAUGAGCGGCGCCCUCAAAGAGAUCUACAGCAAAGGAGGCAUAGUUGGACUGUGGCGUGGAUCCUUGUCUGCCCUGCCCAGAGCUGCCGUCGGCUCUGGUGCACAGAUCGCAACAUUUGGCAAGACCAAAUCAUUGUUGAUGGAAUACGAUUUGGUUCACCAGCCAACGUUGAAUUCCUUUUGCUCAGGCUUAAUUGCCGGCUCACUAAUGUCCGUGGCUAUAACGCCGCCCGAUGUGAUUAGUACGCGACUCUAUAACCAGGGUCUUGAUGCGCAGGGGCGUGGCCUUUACUAUAAGGGCUGGCUGGAUUGCUUUGUGAAGAUCUUGCGCACCGAGGGCAUCUAUGGUAUGUAUAAGGGCUUUUGGGCCAAUUAUCUACGUAUCGCUCCACACUCCACGUUAGUGCUGUUGUUCUUCGAUGAGCUGAUUGCCGUACGUGAAAAGUACAAACUUGGAGAUGCUUCUUCCUGAUUGUGCUAGUCCUUAUCUUUGUGUAACGUUAAGUACAAAUGUGUAUAAUUGUUUUGCUAUUAGUUUGUUGAAGACAAAGUGAAAGUGAAUCGCCAAAGAUCAAGUCCUCCAUUCCCAGUUCCAAACUCCUGCUAACUAAGGCUAUCUAUCAAUUUUGCCGCAACUGUGCCUUAUUGCUUGACUUAAUUUUUUAAACUGAAAAAUGAGAUCAGUUUAUAUUUUUUUAAACCGUUAUCCUCACACUUAGUCAGCUAAUAGUAUCCUCUUAGUAAGUAGCCGUAACUGUAACUGUGCAAUACUUUUAUUAAAUAAAGAUCGUUAUUUUGUUUA